UGCUAUGUCAAUGUGGGAUUAAUUUGUAAUUUUGUUUUCCUGUGGAAACUGGAAAUAUUGAAAAGUGAUAGGUAGUUUCUUUUCUUGUGAUUUGCAUAUUGCAUUCAGGCUGGAAUUUGUUAUGACAUUCAUGAUCAGUGAUAUGGCGAGCCUGAGCCCUCCAGUCAUCACAGCUGCAACAACUAAGGUUCUGCCAUGGCUAAGAUUUGAGAAAAAAUACCUUCAUACUCUGAAUGGUGCUUUGAAGAUGCUGCAAAUUUUUGUUGCUUUAUGUGGAUUUCUCUGCAUCACAUUCUCCAACUUGAGUCUUCAUCCAAGAGCUACAUGGUACUACUUUGUCUGCCUGGUUAGUUUUUGGACAUCACUUCUGUUGCUGCUCUGCUAUGCCUUCCAUGUUGUGGAGAAGCUACACUUUUUACCUUGGCUGGGAAUGGAGCUGUUUUUCAGUAGCUGCUGGAGUGUGCUCUACCUAACUGCUGCUGCUCUCGCCACUUCAUUUGGGCACCUGCAGGCCACAUGGGUGGCUGCCACAAUAUUCGCCUGCCUGGGAAUGUCGUCCCACGCCUGGGAGGCCGUGCUGAAGCUGCGUGACGUCCGCCGUGGGAAGAUAGCCCAGGGCCACAGGUCGAUCACUGCUUCCAGCGACAGGCUCAACAAAUACUAGCUAGGUCUCCACGAUCUCUCCACGAUCUCAGCUACCAAGUGUUGUUCGAUGUUAAUUUAUGACCCCCGAGACCUGACGUAUCUAUCGACCGCAGUGUAGGGACUUUGCUGUCAGUUGAUGUCCAGCUUCCAUUUCCCUAAGUGCAGUGUGUCAGUGCUAUGCCGACGCGAUGUAUUGAUUACUUACCUGUCUUGUCAGCCUUGAUUAAAGGGACUAUCCCACCUUUAAAGGAAAAGGGCCACCUUUAACAUGGGGAUUGAAACUGAGAUAGCCAUCUUGUAGCCCGUGUCCGAAAACCUGUCAG